CCCUCAGACACAGUGGCCAAUCCCUACAUAAAAUCCUCUCUGUUUUCUUCUCUUCACAAUUUCUUUUUCAUUUCUUGUUCCUAUCAUGGAUUCUAGAGAUGAUUUUACAAGGUCCUUAAUCACCUCAUCACCACCACAACAACCGCCCAUUCUUUCGCCGGAAAAGCCACCGGCAGAAGAGGUUAGUUCAGCACUCGAGGAAACGCUAACCAGCGGCAGCGUGGCUGGCUUACAGCGCUUAUGGCUCGCAACAUGGCUAGAAAUGACGUAUUUGAUCCCGCUGGCUGGGCCAGCCAUCGUCGUAUACUUGCUGAACAACGUUAUUUCUAUGUCCACCCAAAUUUUUUGCGGCCAUCUCGGCAACCUCGAACUCGCCGCCGCUUCGUUGGGUAAUAACGGUGUUCAACUUCUUGCUUACGGCCUUAUGCUUGGAAUGGGAAGUGCCGUAGAAACACUAUGUGGACAAGCAUAUGGCGCUAACAAAUUCGAUAUGCUCGGAAUUUAUAUGCAACGAUCAACCGUCCUUCUAAUGGCCACCGGAAUUCCAUUAAUGCUCGUCUACAUUUUCUCGAAGGACAUGCUUAUACUACUAGGGGAACCCGAAAACAUAGCCUCAGCGGCAGCAAUUUUUAUCUAUGGUUUAAUCCCUCAAAUAUUUGCAUAUGCUUGCAAUUUUCCUAUACAAAAGUUCCUCCAAGCACAAAGUGUAGUGUUCCCUAGCGCUUACAUCUCUGCCGCGGCCCUUGUAGUCCAUGUCGGACUCACUUGGAUCGUGGUUUACAAGCUCAGUUGGGGACUUCUCGGGGCUUCUUUGGUGUUGAGUUUUUCGUGGUGGAUCAUAGUCGUCGCGCAAUUUGUGUACAUAUUGGUUAGCUCGAGGUUUAAGUUCACUUGGACCGGGUUUAGUUGGGCUGCAUUUAGUGGUCUGUGGGACUUCCUUAAGCUAUCAGCUGCCUCGGCUAUAAUGCUAUGUUUGGAAACUUGGUAUUACCAAAUUUUGGUGUUGAUUGCUGGCUUGCUUGAUAAUGCUCAAAUUGCCUUAGACUCCCUUUCAGUAAGCAUGACAAUAUCUGGAUGGGUGUUUAUGAUUUCAGUGGGAUUCAAUGCAGCUGCAAGUGUAAGAGUGAGCAACGAAUUAGGAGCAGCACAUCCAAAAUCAGCAUCAUUUUCAGUGGUAGCAGUGACGACACUAUCAUUUUUGGUAGCGCUAGUGUUUGCUGUUCUGGUACUGAUUUUCCGGUAUCAGCUCAGCUAUAUAUUUACUGGUGGUGCUCAAGUUUCUGAAGCUGUUGCUGAUCUCUCUCCUUUUCUUGCCAUCUCUAUUCUUCUCAAUGGAAUUCAACCUGUUCUUUCAGGGGUGGCGGUUGGUUGUGGAUGGCAAUCCUUUGUGGCUUAUGUUAAUGUGGCAUGUUAUUAUGUUGUCGGAAUCCCUAUCGGAGUUUUGCUUGGGUUUUACUUUAAGCUUGGCGUUAAGGGAAUAUGGGGUGGAAUGAUUGGAGGUACAGUUAUACAAACUGUAAUUCUACUAUGGGUUACCUACCGAACAGAUUGGCAGGAGGAGGUAGAGAAAGCUGCAAAAAGACUAGAUAAAUGGGAAGAAGUGAAAGAGCCUUUGCUAAACAAGUUUAGUUGAGAUUAACUAACUGCAAAUAACAAUUAAGUUUAGAUUAAUAAUAGUGCAUCAUCUUACAUCAUUUACAACUUCAAUUCUUCAACUCACUAAAUUAAAAAAUUAAUGUUUUAA